AUGUUGUCCUCAGCCCUCGUCUCUGAGGAAAUAAAGAUCCUCAAGGUGGUCACGCAGAUGAGCCGUCCAGAUCUGAUUCUGUUCCUCAUGAAGUAUCUGAUGGCCUUGGUGGUUGGGAUCCCCUCGGUGUUCUGGGUUGGAAGCAAGAAGACCUGUUUUGAGUGGGCCAGCUUCUUCCACGGGCGCAGGAAAAAGGAAGUCGUCAACGAGAGCCGCCAAGUGCUGCAGGAGCCGGACUUCGCCCAGUCGCUGCUGAGGGACCCCAACACGCCCAUCAUCCGAAAAUCCAGGGGCACCUCCACGCAGGGCACCUCCACGCACGCCUCGUCCACGCAGCUGGCCGUGAUGGACGAGCAGAGGAGCAAGGCGGGCAGCGUGCACAGCAAAGUCAGCAGCUACCACGGCAGCCUGCACCGCUCGCGGGACGGACGGUACACUCCCUGCAGCUACAGGGGCGUGGAGGAACGACUACCUCACGGCAGCAUGUCGCGACUGACCGACCACUCGAGGCACAGCAGCUGCCAUCGGCUCAACGAGCAGUCACGGCACAGCAGCGUCAGGGACCUCAGCAGCAACCCAAUGACACACAUCACGCACGGCACCAGCAUGAACCGCGUCAUCGAGGAGGAUGGCACCAGCGCCUGA